AUGGAAGACAAAUCUUUUACGAAGGAAUUAGACCAAUGGAUCGAACAACUAAAUGAGUGCAAACAACUUACUGAGAAUCAAGUCAGGAGUCUCUGUGAGAAGGUAACUAAACCCAAUUUGUUAGAUUAGAGCUGAAAUUAUUGUUCGAGAUUAGUUGGCUAGUUUAACGUUAGCUAACAAUAGAUAGCUAGCAUAGCCAACUACCAGUAGUAGCCAGCUAGCUAGCUUCAAAGCAUUCUUGGUAACAAUUUAGCUAGCUAACUCGCGUUAGCUAGGUUAGCGUGAAUUGGGCCUAACCAUUCAGCUAGCCAAACUGAAGCCUACAUAGAAUGACUAAACGAUCCAGAUGAUUAACACCAAGAUGACUAACCACAGCUAACGUACUUAUUCAAGACGCCCUUCAAACCAAUCAAUAUUUCUGGCUGCGCAAAGCUAAUGUUAGCUAUCUGAUGAAACGAUUUCACUGGUAGGACAGGGCUUUUUGGUAAUGAUCUACCUAAUUGUACAUAUUGUAAUUUUUUUUCAGGCCAAGGAAAUCCUCACCAAGGAAUCAAAUGUGCAAAAAGUGCGAUGUCCAGUCACAGUUUGCGGGGAUGUUCAUGGGCAGUUCCAUGACCUCAUGGAACUCUUCAAGAUUGGGGGGAAAUCUCCUGACACCAACUACCUGUUCAUGGGGGAUUACGUGGAUAGAGGCUACUACUCAGUGGAAACAGUCACUCUUCUCGUCACAUUAAAGGUAUGCUUUUCACAAAAACUUGCUAACUCACUUUGGUCCACCAAGUUAUUAUUAUGAUAAUAAUGCAAUGUUGCUCAAGUAGCUAAGACCUGCAUACGAUGACGGAUGACUUUUGGUGAAAUGUUACAGGUCCGGUACCAAGAACGAAUCACAAUUCUGCGAGGAAACCACGAAAGCAGGCAAAUCACACAGGUGUAUGGCUUCUAUGACGAGUGCUUGAGGAAAUACGGCAAUGCCAACGUGUGGAAAUCCUUCACAGACCUGUUUGACUAUCUCCCACUAACUGCACUUGUAGAUGAACAGGUAUUUUUGGUUUGAUUUUCCCUGUUAAACCUGUGUUGUAUUUGUUCAGUUUCAACAACUCUAUAUUUGAAAAGUCAAUGUUUAAUGGAAGUGAGUAUGUUCUAUUUAAAUCCUCCACACUAACUGCUAAUUUCUAAUCCAAACUGUACUUAUAUAUUGCCAGAUCUUCUGCCUACAUGGAGGCCUCUCUCCUUCAAUAGACACUCUUGAUCACAUACGGGCUCUGGACCGCUUGCAGGAGGUCCCACACGAGGUAGAUAUAUCCUGUUGCACAGAGAGCAUAGGUGUCAUUCUAAAUGUUAGGCAGAGAGUCUUUCAUGUAGCAUCAACACUAACUGUGUUCCUUUUUAUUUUAGGGUCCAAUGUGUGACCUUCUGUGGUCAGACCCAGAUGACCGCGGUGGCUGGGGCAUCUCCCCAAGAGGUGCUGGCUACACCUUUGGUCAAGACAUCUCUGAAACCUUCAACCAUGCCAACGGGCUCACCCUUGUGUCCCGUGCCCACCAGUUGGUUAUGGAGGUAAAAUGUAGUUUGUUCAUCUGCUUUUAAUUUUUUUAAAUCAAAGUUGUAUAAUACUGAGUCAGUAUUCACAAUUUCCCCACCUUGGGGGAAAACACAGGAGUUCUCAGACUGCCAGCAAAAAAGCACCCAUUUAUAUGUUGCUUAUGAGUGCAUUUUGCACUACUUUGGGAUUAUGAUUGGUUUGUAAGGCUCCUAUGAAUGUCCUGCGUAAUGUUUGUCAUCGCAAAUCAACUGCAUUAUACUUCAACCAGAAAGGUUAUUUUGCUACAGUCUGUCAAUAAGCUUUAGCAUUCUAGCUAACAACUGCUGCAUUCAAAAUAGGUAUUUUGCAACGAUGACAACCAAAUAUUAUCUUAGCGACCAUUCAAGCAAUAAUCAAAACAUUGUAAGCGUAUGACAACCCAAAAAACUAUUUGUUUAGAAGUAAUGAAUCUGCACAUAUAGGCUAAAUUUAAUGGGCGCAGAUGGCGAACGGCCUUUGUUUUCCCCACGGUGGCCAUUGUACUUGUUUAUGACGUGAAUAGCGACUUGAAAGUAUUGCUUUGUCAUUGUUAUUACCAGGGAUGUUUGGAGACCUCCACAUCGUUAGGAUUGGAUAUUAUACGAGGGUGCAAACAAUACCUUACACGACUGGCUUUCUUAAUUGUUUUUCUUCAGGGAUACAACUGGGGCCAUGACAAAAACGUUGUCACCAUUUUCAGUGCACCAAACUACUGCUAUCGCUGUGGCAACCAGGCAGCCAUCAUGGAGCUGGAUGAUACUCUCAAAUAUUCUUUGUAAGUAUGAGAAUUUCUAGUGACUUUCCUACUGUUCAAAUUGGGUAGAUCAGUCAUCCAAUGUGUCUGGUUUUCUGUUGCUCAACCCUUCUGGGCAAUCAUCUGACCGUACAUUUUCCUCAAUCCCCUUCAGCCUACAGUUCGACCCGGCUCCUCGGCGCGGAGAGCCUCAUGUGACUAGACGCACCCCUGACUACUUCUUGUAA